AUGGGCGCCGUUCAGAGCGAUCUCAAGUCCAACAUUGUCCAGGCCUCGUCGGGUGAUGUUGCUAUUCCAUCCACCUUGACCGAAUUCUGGCAGACUACAGCCGAACAUGUCUUCGAGACCAUCACUCCCUCCGACCUCCGCACCAUGCGCGACGACCCCAAGUCCUUCAAGAACUUCGAGACCCUGAUCCUGACUGUCUCGAGACACUUGAUCCAUCUGCGCUGGGUUGACGACUCUCUCUUCGACAAAGAUGCUGCUGCCUUUAUGCGCGAGGCCUUGAAUUGCGUCCGCACCCUCACACGCGUCCUUCCUUUUGUCUACGAGUGCGAUCGUUUGUGCGGCUGGGAACAGUCCUUCUUCUGGGAACCCACACACAGCCUGCCAAUGCCAAACAUCUCCCGAAACAUAUCUGGUGAAUCCACCACAGCAGAGAGUCUGGACCACUCGGGGAGAACAUCACCCAAGGAUCCUCCAACAUGCCUCGGUGUCGAGCUCAUUGAUUCACUUCUGGACUUGGCUUUCUGGUCAGGCUUCACACUUCCUGUCAACAUGAACGGCAAGAACGGCCCUACCUAUGGCUUCUGGCAGAGCGGAAUCGCCUACGAGCGACGCUUGGAAACCAGCAAAGAGUUUGAGAGCAGGAGGACCGAGAUCAUGCAACUUCUUCUGGUCCUGGAGAGCAAGUGUAUCUAUAAACCCGCCAACGCCUUCACCACCUUUGGCAGUGAGGCAAUUGAUUUCAUCUCCAACCAUCACGAUCGCAAGAAGGUUCAAUACCUGUUAUGUUCUCUCUUGAACACAGUCCUGAAGUAUCAACCAGACGCUCGCUACCUCUCGCCAUCACCUAGAGAAGUCCACGAGACUCACGUUCGGAUAUGCCUGCACUUCCUACAGGUCAACCUNUUGAAUAGAACACCGUGGGUCGAAGGUUCUGCUCCACCGGACAAUCGGUUCCGUGAUCUUUUCUCCCAUCUACACAAAGCAACACAUCUACAAUUUCUGGCCGAUGGGAUACUCAAGAUUUUGCGCCAGCCGCUUGAAGCAAACAGCAACGGAUUGAACAUUGUACAAAGACCGCUUGUCUGGGCCCAUGACAUCAUUCCGCUCUUGUGGGAGUCUCUAUAUUCGAACAAGUACUUCCGUGCCUUCAUCUGCGAGACCGGCCGCCAGUUCGAGCUGACCGUGUUCCUCCUGUUCUACAUCCUGGACCCUAACAAGAAUGUAGAAGGAGUCAAGCGAGUAAGUCUGCUAUGUGUGCAGACAAUGAGCGAGAAUCCCGAGUACGCCAUUUCCUUGAACAAGCAGUUUGAGGGACAUGACAACCUUCCCUCGUUCAUGCAGAUCAAAAACUUCCACGGAUCUUAUGCCGACUAUCUGUUCACUAAUGGUCAUCUGGAUGCCAUGGCUGCUGCACUAGUCGGAAUUAUCGUCAAUGUUUCUCCAUACAUUUCUCACCUUGGCCGGGCAACAAGCCUGAAAUUAAUUCAACUAGUAGACCUGUACACACGAAACUCUCUGUCGACUAGCGUCGAGAUCAAUGCCAUGGUCUUGACCCAUAUGGUUCGCGCAGUGAAUUCGAUGCUCGAGGAACACAAACCAGAGACUGGUCCGUACGUCCAACCGACCGUCGAAGCAGAGCUGACAUGGGCUACAGAGAACGAAAACUUACUCUGGGCGAUAUGGAAAUAUGGAACUACGUUCGAACAUUUAGCAGACCUCAGGAUGGAGGUUGACCCAAGCUUCAAGCAAGUGAUGGAGCAGAUCCGCGAAGAAGGCAUUACAGAGCCUACUUUGUGUCCAGAUGGCACUGUGCUACANCCCCUGAUUGCAGCCAGUGAUAUAGCCAAUCUGGAUAAAGACAAGGCACCUCGACCACGUCUCGGAAGAGGACGCACAUGGCUAGAGCUCCGCGACAUCUACAAUCCGUCAACAUCUCCGGUAGUGCCUCCGGUGGAUGAUAUGCCGCCACCGAAUGGAGAUGAUGUGACAGAAAAACAGCCUUCGGUGUCCUCAAGAGCCGUAGGCAAGCAACCCGAAAAGGGCAAAGAUUCUGCAGAUUUCGAAGAGGAAAGGGCGAGAGCGCUUACCUCACCAACCACAGACAUGGAUAUAGUCCGGACGUGGCUUCCACAGAUGCCUCUCCUCACAACACUGUCACUCCUUCUAGCGCUACAAGCCUGGACUGCAAAAUUGUUGGAGGAGAGAGGUAUGGAAGACAGCCAAGAAGCUGUAGACGGCUUGGGCAUGGAUGAAGUGCUACAACCAGUACGAAACCUGGGCCGCAUCUGCGUGGAGACGACGACUCGAAACAUUCACACGUUCCCUAUGACGGCCCCCUUCUCGGAGGCGUACGCAGCUUUCUACUGGGGUCUGGUAGUGUCACAAGAUCUGCAGCAUGCGUCAACGUCUGGAAGUGGUAUUUGGAGCAGCACAAAUGUGAAGUUGUUCAAGAUCAAAGCUGGCGAGGUAGUGCCACCGAGCUUGUUGAGUCCCAAGGGGGCUGUGGAUGCUCUUGGAGAGAGCCUGGUGAGUGGCGUACAGAAUCUGGCAUUGAAGUUCAAACAGCAGUUGAACGGCGGUUCUGAAGCAUAA